AAAAGGGCUAGGUUUUCGACUUUUCUCUUCACCCUCUCUCUCUGCACAUUUCCCUGACUCUCUCUUUCAUCUCUCUGUUAUCCGGCGUAGCUCCAUGUGCGAAGUCUCUCCCAAGUCCGAAAGACCAAAGCCUCAGUAAGUCCAUUGCUCAAUUAUGAUAUUUUCAAUCCUCUUUCUCAAAUUCUAAGGUUUUGUUACCUUUUCUGUCUGGAAACCCCUAUAAAUUAGCAUCAAUGUCAGACUAUUUACCUCACGAAAUCAUAAUUGAAAUCCUCACAAAACUACCCGUCAAAUCCAUCCUCCGAUGCAUACUCGUCUGCAAGGCAUGGCACUCUUUGAUCACAAGCCCUAAUUUCAUCGUCACACACCUCAAUCGCACCAUUUUGAACAGCAAAAUCGACCAUCCCACACUUUUUAUCAGACAUUACGACAAGAAUGACCACAACGAGCACUAUACAUUACACCGAGAAGAUGAAACAUUUGGGGUUAGUUUUUCGGAACUGGAAUUUCCAUUUAAGAGUCCAAUUGGGUAUUUUAGAAUAGUUGGUGGUUGCAAUGGGUUGAUAUGCUUGUCUGAUGAUUUAUUUGGUGAUAUGGAAACUAUAAUUCUGUGGAACCCAUCGAUUAGGAAAUCGGUUACUCUGCCAAAACCCAGUAAGCCAAAAUCACCACACAUGUUUGUGCUUGGUUUCGGAGUGGACCCAAUGACUCAAGAUUUCAAAGUGGUGAGAAUUGUAUAUUACAAAGGGUUUUUUAAUGGCUACGAAGCCCCUCCCGAUGUUGAGAUUUACACGCUUAGCACGGGAUCGUGGAGAAGCAUUAAUUCGGCUGCUCCUUCAUAUUGUAUGGUGGAAUUUAUGUGGUCACAGGCUUUGGUAAAUGGGGUUGUGCAUUGGAUUGCAAAUAAUCGGCGUUUCGAGUUCAGGUUCCGUAGUUUGAUAGUGUCAUUUGAUCUGGGUGAAGAGGUAUUUGAUGAGAUUGUGCUUCCUGAUGCUUUGGCUGGUGAGAUUGCGACAAACUUGUCUAUUUCUGUAUUUAGGGAAUCUCUUGCUGUGAUCGAAUACGAUAAAGAAAUAGGAACUAUGUCAUGUUGUGUGUGGGUUAUGAAAGAGUAUGGAGUUGCAGAGUCAUGGACUAGAUUAUUUAAUAUUGAUCUAGAGGGAACAUUGGAGAAAAUAAUAGGAUUUAGGAAGAAUGGUGAAGUUUUGCUGUCACCGAGGAGCUGCAAGCUGGUUGCUUAUGACCCCAAGACGGGACUGAUCAAGGACCUUGAAAUCCUUGGGAACACACGCUCUUUUCAUGUUGAUACAUACAUGGAAACCCUGGUUUUGUUACAAGAGAUAGUUCCUCAGAUGGGUAACUGAAUUCUUCUGAUGCCCAGAGUGGCCAGAGAAGAUGUAGUUGAAGAGUAGCAGUGAGAUAGAAUGUUUGUGAUAUUAAAUAACAAUUUGAAAAAACAGGCAAAAUAUAUCUUUCCAGACUUCCAGUUACAUAAUUUAGCCACUGUGUUUCUGACAUGGAUCACUGCUACCUUAACAUCGUGUCAAUGCCUUUUUAUGAUCACAUGGUCUCCUUUCUAUGCAGGGAAUAAGGAUUACAGUAAUUGGGUCAUAGUCAUACAUGAUUUUUUUGCAGCUAAUACAUUUUUUCCAAGGAACAGAUUCACAUGCCCCCGC